AUGGAAGAACUGAUUCGAUCACUUAUUAAAUUUGAUGGUAUUCUAAAUCAAGAUGUUAUUCAAUGGCUAGCAUAUAUUGAAGAAGUAUUUGAUCGAAUACAACUACAAGCAUCAAAUAAGUAUGUUGCUGUACAAUACUUUCUAACUAAUGGUGCUGCUACAUGGUUUAGGUAUAGUAAAUCAAAUAUUCUUGAUUGCUUCACAUUUAAACGUCAAAUUAGUGAUGCUUUUCCAUCACCGUCCUCAUUUUUCUCAUCGCAUCUUCUUGAUCGACAUCAAUUAACAGCUAGAAAAGAACCACAAAAACUUGAGCAAGAACUCGAUAUAUUACAUGUACCUGCUUCAAGUCCAACAAUGUCACAGAAGGAAUUAGAUAAUGAUAAUACCUCAUUAGAUUCAGUUAAUGAUAGUCGAAUUAUAUCAGUCAAAGAUUUAGAAGAUAAAUGUCUACGUGAACGUGAACAAGGCCAUUAUUCACCCACAUUAGUUAAUAUUACUGAUCCUGAUCCGAAAAUUAAAUAUCAAGGUUUUACUCGAACUAUGGAUAGCUUAACAACGGAUGAUUCAUUAAUUAAUACUUUUCUACCACAAGAUAUUCAAUAUUUAUGGUCUGAUAAAUAUAAACCACGUCCAUCUCAAAUUCUUAAUAAUCCACCAACAACAACUAUUUAA